AAGGUAUUUUCUAGCAGACGACGAGAAGAAAGUUUGAAAUUGACGUCUGAGACUUGAGUAGACUCUUGUUCAUCACUUUCAGUGAAUAGACAUGAGCAGUACUGUAAUAGAAAAUUUUUACGGUGUUUAUCUACUUUUCUGUGAGAAUCCAAAGUAUUUGGGACGUACUUACAUUGGAUACACUGUAAACCCGAACCGUAGAAUACAACAACACAACAAAGGAGUACGCUCUGGAGGUGCAUACAAAACAUCUAAUAAAGGGCCAUGGGAAAUGUGCUUGAUAGUUCAUGGUUUCCCAAAUGACAUUUCAGGACUCAGAUUUGAGUGGGCCUGGCAACACCCAGAAAAGUCUCGCAGAUUGAGAAAGCUGAUUGAAAGGAAAAGAGCCAAAGAAAACAGUUUUCAACACAAAAUUCGUAUUCUGUCUCAUAUGUUGCGAAUAGGACCGUGGAACAGACUCGCCUUAACUAUCCAAUGGCUCGUGCCAAAAUAUCGAGUCGAGUUCGAAACCAGUUUGCUGCCACCACCUCAUAUGCCCAUAGAAGAAGGACGUGUGAUUUCCAAAAAAGUUCCAUCACCUUCGAAUGAAAAGGUUUCGACUAAAUCAUCCUCAUCCUCAGCAAAGUGCGAUAUUUGCCAUCAGAUAAUGGAUAAUGACGACGUUUUGAAUUGUAUUAAUAAUGACUGCACCUUAAAAACACAUAUUUUGUGUCUUGCUUCACAUUUUUUGAAAUCUGAACCAGAUCACAUGCUGCCAUUGGAGGGAUCAUGUCCAAGUUGCCAUAGUGAAUUAUUAUGGGCCGAUUUAAUUCGCAAAUUCAAGGGUUGUUAUCAAAACCAAAAUCUUGCUCUUGAUGAAACUAUUUUAACAUAAAUUUUGUCAAAUCUAUAUUCUUGUUCUCUUCAGUUUAAACAUUUUGGCUACGUCCGUAUUAAUUUGCUCAUAUGAAAAUUCUUAAGCAGUACAAAUGUCUUGUAUCCUAAUGUAAUUGAUUGUCGCUUUUGUUUAAAUAAAAAUUGUAUUAGAUCAAUCAA